AUGACUAUACAAAAGAAUGAACUUCAGCGUCUCGGGCGCAUCCGUUUUGCCCUGUUCCUCAAGAUUCUGUUAAAAUUAAUCGACAGUGACAGAUUGGUACAAGAUCAAGCCAAACUCAUUGUGUCGGCUUGCAUACGGCAACAUCGAAACGGGAGUAACAAGUACAAGAAUAUAAUGGAUGCCAUUGAACUGAAUCUUCGUGGCCUAGUUCAAGAAAACACGUGGCGGUCAGCGCGGCAUUAUGCCAAGGUAUUCGAGCGGAAACACAGAAAUCGAAUUCAACAUCAUGCCGCCGACGACUGUGGUGACCAAGACUUGCUCGAAAUUGAAAUAUUACAACCAUUCGAGACAAACCGUAGCAACGAUUUCGAAGAUUGCUACUACAACGAUGCUUCCCAGAUUCACAUUCCCCCAGAACCAGAAACGAUCGGCAGUUCACCUGCCACUCCAAAUCUUUAG